AUGUAUUCUCAAAUGGGACAUACCGGUGCCCCCUUUUCUCCCCCUCCUUCCCCACCAAAGUCGCCAGAGUCACCAAAGUCGGGAAUGUGGUUAACGAUGAAAGAUGGUAAAGCUAAUUUUCACAACCCUACGGAGGCGAGGGUUGUACCUAGGUCGAUCGAAAGUGCUGCGCAACCAUCCUUGUCGAAUCCUGUUGUUCAUCCUUACGAUUUUUAUUCCAAAUCUUCCGCAAACGUCGCAACUUAUGAAACCCGAACCCAUGAAACAAUCAAUGAAACCAAAUCUGAAACCUCAAAUCUUAUCGAAAAACCAUUUCAAGCUGAAACGGAAAAGUUGUCCAAAAUGAGUAUAACCUUUAUGUUAGAUAACCCACGCGAUGAUAGAUAUGUAAACGUGCCUUCGUCACCUGCCUUACCCACCACCAAACAAGAUGCCGAAUUCGGUAAAGAAAUCGAUCGAAAAGUUUAUGCUGGUAGGAAACGAAGGGGUCGCAAGAAUCCUUACCCCAUGAGGGCUCCCCCCAAGGACGCCCCAGGGAUUAAUCACAAGGUGGACGUUUAUAUGAAAGAUCCUGCCGUCAUGAUGCGAAGCAACGAUACUUCAACCGUGAAGUCAUCCGCAAAGUCGGUCGGAUCCCCACCAUCAGCAAAGUUUGAUGCAAUCGAAUCAAGUCACGAACCGGUGACGGAUAAGGGGUCAAAAGCUGAUCUAAAGAGCAAGGGAAAACCGUCGGUGAGAAGACAACGUCAACAAAGGCGUUCAGGAGUCGUCAAGCCCGAACGAAAGCGAAAGGGAAAUAGCUUGGCCAGAGUGAUGGCUGAUCGAGGACUUUUGGAAUCGAUCUUCAACGCCGUUAUCGCUUCUGAUAUCAAGUCGGUCAGAAUUCCACCUCCACAACCAAUGCAACAUCAAGAGUUGAUGAAAGCGAUCAAGGAACUAAACGUAGAUCAUAGUGUCUUGGAAGAUUACACUCCAAGCAUAGCUUGGAAAGGUCAACCCCUCAAUAUUUCACAUUUACCUCAUUAUGAAGAUUUGCACGAGGCUGAAGCGAACGUCGUUUCAAUCCUUCGCCUCACUCCGGUACAGUAUUUGACCGGUAAACAUACGCUUGUCUCCGCCGCUAAAAGAUACAUUCAAAGGAACUUGCCAUUUAAGAAGAGCGAUGCCCAGAAGCUUUUGCGCAUCGAUGUAAAUAAAGCGAGUAAGCUCUGGGAAUUCUUCCGUCAGGUCCGAUGGAUCUAG